UAAAAAUAUUUUUAUUAGUAUUAAAAAUAUUUUUAUUAGUAUUAAAAAUGAUUUUUUUUUAAAGAAAGGAAUAAGAUUUAAUAUUUUAUUCCAGUUUAAUGAGUUUUCAAAGGUUUAUAUUUAAACCCCGGGUUAUUGUGUUAUUGUAUUUUCAAAACUGAUUUUCAUAUAUUGUUUUGAAAAUUCUAGAUGAUUAUUAUGUGAAUAUAUGUGUGAUGUGAGUAAGUGAUAUUGGUGGAUUUGUUGGCUAAUUAAUUAUGGUUAAUUAUGAGUAUUAUAUGAUUAAUAUAUGAAUUUUUGUGAAUUUUAUAUUAUCUGGUUUAUUGCGUUAACUGCUCAUAUGUGUUCGUAUUUGAGAGAUUUCAAUUUCUAUAUGCUCAGGAGAAAAUAUAGUUUAUUUGGAUAUUUUCAUAUGGAUUUAUGGAAUGUUAGAUGAUUUUAUAAUCGAUUUACGGAUUUAAUUGCGUAUAUUUAUAUUUAUUUAUUAAUUAUUUGACUUCCGUAAAACCGUCCACUCGUAACGAGGUAGCAAAUUUUCUUUCCGGAAGUUUCAACAAAACUCACCUUUAGCCUAAUUUGAAUAUUCCGGACAUUUUUCGUGUUUUGACUUUUUCGAUCCGGAGUACGGUUUUCCCCGUAGCCGGUCCGGCGGAGUUUUUUGGGUAUUUUAAUUGUUGAUAAUUAUCUGGUUGUCUCGAUAAACGUGAAACUAGAUAUUUUGAUUCAUCCUUAUCUUGUAAUAAUUGCAGUGGGACCCGCAUACUAAUGACUGAUUAAAAAGCCCCGUUUUGAUGAUUAUCUUGAAAACCAGUACCGAUUGGACCCCGCUUUAUUAAUAUAAAGCUAUUAAAUACGUAUUUUCAUGUCAUAAACGAUCCAAAGGGGUACCAAGUAUUUGUAAAUAUAAAUAGACUUUUCUAUAGCUGAUUUUCACCGUAGAAAUCAUUUUCACCAGUUUCUUUUCACAAAUACCGAGAGAAACCGAGCGGUGUUCUUCGUGUUCUUCAUAAUCAAACGAGGAUUUGGAGGUGUUAUUGGAAUCCGAUGGAGGUGUACGAAUAGUCAAAACGAAGCUAUCGACGCGUAGAAUCAUGUUUAAUCACCCGUUUGUAUGCAGAUUUAUCAGUUAUGUGGGAUGUCUGGAAAUGGCUCGCCGGAGUUCAAAAGGAAGUCGCCGGCGGCGAGUUUUGUUUUGCAUUCUAUGGCCAAAUAUGGCCGCUUCUGAUGAAUCUGAGGGCGGUUUUACGUUUAUGGUAUUCCAAAUAUGCUAUCUGGAGUUUGUGGGAGCUCGGGGAGGCCGGGAACGAGGUUUCCGGCGAGUUAGUAUGGUGGCCGACGGCAAAUUGCUGUUUGGUCACCGAAGUUGUGAAGGAUUUGGACGAGACGUGUACGCUCGAAGACGUCAGAAAGUCGGAAUGGUAUUGCAAAGCGAAUAAGGGAUGAAUCGAGUAAGCGAAGCGAUGUGGCGAAUAGAGUAUAGCUAGAGAUGGUCUAGAGAUUACGAGAUGCAUAGAUUGUGAAAGUGGAAAGAUGAGAUAGAGAUGUGAGACUGGAGUCAGAUUUAAGGCAAGCUUAAAGAGGAGAUGAUUGAUUGAGAUUGUGAGUAAGGCUAAUGCUAGGCGAGGAGACAGAGUUGAGGAUCCGGUGGUCGAGGAGUGUUCAGGAAAGUUGAUGAGGUUGGUGCAAGCUAGAGCUGUGCUAUGGAAAUUCAAGUGUAAGUCAUAGCUGGAAUAGUUGACAGUGAUUCUUCUUAUCGAAGAUGAUCUGAUUUGGUAAGAGAUGUUGUGUAAUAAUUAGUGGUUGAUUCUAAUUUCAAUACUGUAACCUGGAUGCGAUCCUGUUGAUUUUAGGGGGUUUAAAUGUUCUCUUUCGAAUCAUUUAUUAAAGUUUAAAUGUUCUCUUGAAAUUCUCUUAUUAUGGCUUUCAAGUUUGAAAUUCAGGUUUUGAAAUCAUUUGAUUUAUGUUCUUUUUCAAAUAUUUUCCGGUUUUAAAUUAUUUGGAUUUCCAUUAUCUUUUAAAAGAAAAAAAAAUACAGGUUUUCAAGAGUGUUUAAAAAUGGGUUUUAUGUGGUGACGUCAGAAUCCAGACCCCCGGAUUCCUGGACCGUCACAGUUGGUAUCAGAGCCAGGUUACAAGUUAUUGGAAUUUGAAUAUAGAUUAUAGUUUUAAGUUUUAUAUAGGUUAGACGUUGUGUGACCUCGUAUCGAGGUAUUGUGAGACUAUUUAGACAUAGUCUAGAGAUGUGAGUGAAGCAUAGAGUCUAGUUAGAUGAUCAAGUUAAGUGUAGAUAUUUAAAGAGAUUAGGAUUCUUAAGGUUAGACAUAUGAUUUCUAGUAUGUUGACUAAUUGAGAUGGUGAAUUGUGGAAAAGGUCAGUAUUAAACCUAUAUAGAAGAGUUUGAUAGUGAAUGAUUGAGUUGAGAAUGGUGAAAAUGCAGAGUUCAGAGUAUUCUGAUUAUACUGCAUAUUUGAAAUUGGAUUAUUGUAUUGAUUUGAGAAUGAUAUAAAUGCAUGGUUCAUAGUAUGUUGACCAUGUCAGAUAUUUGGAAGAUGUAUAUUGUUUUGAGUGAAGAUAUGAAGAGUAAGUGUAGAGUAUGAGUUGUAUUUGAUUAGAAGGAGAGAUUGGUAGAUAGAGGUUGAUAGGUGAGAAGUGAAUGAUAGAGAGUACGUGGAAUUGAGUCAAGUUAUUAGAGAUGAUGUCUGCGAGUAAGUUAGAACGUUAGUCCUCGACGACAACGCUUUAAGUAAGCGGGACAAGGUGGGCCCAUAACCCACAGGGUGACGAUUCAGAAAAUCGAAGAUAUGUUACGUGUUGUGUUAUGGACUUCAAAGGCAACUGGAUGAAGCAUGAGAACGUGGACUACAUGGGCGAGAGUUAUUACGAACGAUAACGUCUACGAUGACAUCUUACGAGCCUAUUACGAGUCAAAGCGAUUGAUUAUCGAGAACGUUGAAAGGAUGACAUAAAUCGAAUAACGAUUUCGUAAAGUAGAGUGGGAAUUUGAGAAGACCUUGGCAAUACCUCUCUUCAACUAAGAUUCUUUUGAUUGUUUUCUCAUCAGUGAGAUAUUAUCAUGAUAUCUUUUCUACAAAAGUUUUGAUAAAUGAGAUCUUUAAUUUCUCAAAUUCUAAGAUGACAUUGAUAUUGAUUCUUGGUAUGAGUUGGAAAGCAAAGAUGUGUGAUAAAGGCAUGUUUAUGAAGAGACAGUGGAAUUCCUUGAUAUUAUUUGAUAUUCUUUGAUAUCCCUUGAUAUUAUUUCAUAUUUUUUGAUAUCCCUUAAUAUUCGUUGAUAUUCUUUGACAUUCUUUGAUAUUCGUUGAUAUCUUUUUGAUGUUCCUUAAUAUAUUCCUCGAUAAUUCUUAACAUUCUUUGAUGCUCCUUGAGAUUUCUUGGAUUCUUUCCAUCUGAUUGGGAUGAACAACCCUAUGUAUAGGGGACACAAGGUAUACCUGUCUGUGUGAUAGGAGUUGGAUGGGACGCCAUCACUUGUGUGUGUUGUGAUUACAAGAAGGUUAACAACCUUUAGUAGUGUCUACUGUGGACACGCAACAUUAAGUUCAUUUGAUCGUAUUGAUCUCCCAAUCACUCUUGUAUUCCAAUGUGACCUAUUUUGAAAAUAUCUUGUUCUUCCGAAAUUCCCAAAGAUUGAUUCUUGGAAAUGAAGUUGCAAUUGUAAAAGUUUUGAUUCUCCUAUUUCUUUAACUUUAAAGGUAUGCCAAAGUUGAUCAAAGGCGGAUGAGCAUGUGAUAUUAUGAAGCGUGUACCACGAUCUUCUAAAUGAUACGUUUGAGUUCUCUUUGCGGAUUCCGAGGGCGGAAUCCUUAUAAGGGGGGUAGAAUGUAAUAUCCCAUAUUAUUAAAUUUAGAUGUGAUUACUAUAAAUGUAUUUGUCUAGAUAUUAUUAUUGGCUCUAGUUGAAUAUUGAUGUGAUUAUGUGAAUAGUUGUAUGUGAUUAUACUUGUGUUGUGGAUUAGUAUGGAUUUUACAGAUUAUGCGUCCUCCUUCUUUCUCUGAUUCCGAGGACGGAAUCCCUAUAAGGAGGGUAGAUUGUAAUGACCCGGAUUUUUAAAAAUAUUUUUAUUAGUAUUAAAAAUAUUUUUAUUAGUAUUAAAAAUGAUUUUUUUUUAAAGAAAGGAAUAAGAUUUAAUAUUUUAUUCCAGUUUAAUGAGUUUUCAAAGGUUUAUAUUUAAACCCCGGGUUAUUGUGUUAUUGUAUUUUCAAAACUGAUUUUCAUAUAUUGUUUUGAAAAUUCUAGAUGAUUAUUAUGUGAAUAUAUGUGUGAUGUGAGUAAGUGAUAUUGGUGGAUUUGUUGGCUAAUUAAUUAUGGUUAAUUAUGAGUAUUAUAUGAUUAAUAUAUGAAUUUUUGUGAAUUUUAUAUUAUCUGGUUUAUUGCGUUAACUGCUCAUAUGUGUUCGUAUUUGAGAGAUUUCAAUUUCUAUAUGCUCAGGAGAAAAUAUAGUUUAUUUGGAUAUUUUCAUAUGGAUUUAUGGAAUGUUAGAUGAUUUUAUAAUCGAUUUACGGAUUUAAUUGCGUAUAUUUAUAUUUAUUUAUUAAUUAUUUGACUUCCGUAAAACCGUCCACUCGUAACGAGGUAGCAAAUUUUCUUUCCGGAAGUUUCAACAAAACUCACCUUUAGCCUAAUUUGAAUAUUCCGGACAUUUUUCGUGUUUUGACUUUUUCGAUCCGGAGUACGGUUUUCCCCGUAGCCGGUCCGGCGGAGUUUUUUGGGUAUUUUAAUUGUUGAUAAUUAUCUGGUUGUCUCGAUAAACGUGAAACUAGAUAUUUUGAUUCAUCCUUAUCUUGUAAUAAUUGCAGUGGGACCCGCAUACUAAUGACUGAUUAAAAAGCCCCGUUUUGAUGAUUAUCUUGAAAACCAGUACCGAUUGGACCCCGCUUUAUUAAUAUAAAGCUAUUAAAUACGUAUUUUCAUGUCAUAAACGAUCCAAAGGGGUACCAAGUAUUUGUAAAUAUAAAUAGACUUUUCUAUAGCUGAUUUUCACCGUAGAAAUCAUUUUCACCAGUUUCUUUUCACAAAUACCGAGAGAAACCGAGCGGUGUUCUUCGUGUUCUUCAUAAUCAAACGAGGAUUUGGAGGUGUUAUUGGAAUCCGAUGGAGGUGUACGAAUAGUCAAAACGAAGCUAUCGACGCGUAGAAUCAUGUUUAAUCACCCGUUUGUAUGCAGAUUUAUCAGAAAGGCUUAAAGAGGAGAUGAUUGAUUGAGAUUGUGAGUAAGGCUAAUGCUAGGCGAGGAGACAGAGUUGAGGAUCCGGUGGUCGAGGAGUGUUCAGGAAAGUUGAUGAGGUUGGUGCAAGCUAGAGCUGUGCUAUGGAAAUUCAAGUUGACCGCAGUAAAGCAUCCUUAUGAUGCUCUGAGCGCACUUCGGGAAAAUUCUUAUGAUCUCGUUAUGUCUGAUGUUCAUAUGCCGAACAUGAACGGCUAUGAACUGCAGAAACAUAUAAAUGAGGCAUUUCGCUUGCCAGUGAUAUUGAUAUCUGCUGACAAUAGAGCAGAAUUGGAAGGAAUUCAGAAUGGGGCAGUUUAUGUCAUGAUAAAGCCCAUCUCAAUUGAUGAUUUAAAGUAUAUCUGGCAGUUUUCUGUGUGGUGGCAGAAAAAAAUUAACGGCACUACUCCGUCGUUUAGAGAAAUUAAUAACCAAUCUGAAGUAUAUGUCAAUACGGUACCUUCGAAUGGUAUUUUCAGCGAAAAAACUGGAAAAGUUAUGUGGUCAGGCGGCCUCCAUACUCGAUUCGUGGAAGCGCUUUUCAUCCUUGGUUAUCACAGAGCUGUACCAAAAGACCUUGUGCAAGUCAUGAACGUGCCUGGGCUUACUAGGGAGCAAGUCGCCAGCCAUCUGCAGAAAUAUAGGAGAUUCGUUAAACGCAUGAUGGAUGGUACUGCUACUGAAAUUAGCAUGUCACAGUGGAUUUAUAUGCAUUGCUACUCAACUGUGGUCAAUGGAAAUCCUCACUUGAUGUUAAUAAAUCAAGUGAAAGAGGCCCAAAGAACUGGAAAUUUGGAAGCCCCCAGUGCAGCUAGUAACGGCUCCUCAUCCUCAGGUGGUCUCAGGAUCCUGCCACCGUUUAACCCUGCUGAUGCUUCUUUAGGGAUGAAUAUCAGUCCAAUGUGGAUUCCAAGUAAUUAUGCAUCUUCUUCUGUGGACAUGACUGCAGAGGGGCUCAGCAAUGCUGCUUUGGGAAGUGUUGGUAAUGCUGCGAUGGGUUUUUAUACCCAAAACACAGUGAUGGAACCGCAGAACUUCCCUUAUGGCAACCAAGGAUUGGUUGGAGGAGUUGACACAAAUAUGCUUCCAUCAACAUAUCAUAGCGGAACUUCUAGUACUGCUCUCUUGCGGAAUAACUUCUCCUUUAAUCAAGCAAUCAAUAUCGGUGGGCAGGAAAGCAACAACCUCUUCGGUGGACAAACUAGUGGUGUUCAGCAACUUGGUGCUGGACAGAGUGGUGCUCAAGAAAGCUGGUUUAAUGACGAUGAAAUGCUCUUAUCAGAUGACUUUCUCUCAGACCCGAAUCUCUUCCCAGAGGAUGACUUUCUCUUAGACCCGAAUCUUUUCCCAGGAGAAGACCAUGAUGUCUUUUGGGACGAUAUAAUGAACCUUGUUGCUGCUGAGGAUGAGGUCGCUGGUGCAGCGGAUGCCAUGGCUGUUGAAAACUCUGGAGGCAAUGACGAUAAUGUCGGUCCAGCUGAGAACAAGGACAAAGCUGAGAAGAACUCGGAUGAUGACAACUUUGAAGAUGAUAUUGAUGAUGUUGAUUAUGAUCCCGCAGAGGACAAUUGAAGAAUGAGUAGCAGGAUGCUUAGCUACACUCAAGAGAUCGAAGUAAAAAUUGCAUUAUUGGAGUAGUACUAUGAUCUUUAGUAAACUUGAUUUUUUUUCUUAUUUUUAUUGGGUUGUUUUGGUUUGAAACUUUUGAAAAGAUUUCUACAUAUACUUUUUCCCUAAAAUUUUAAUUAUGUUUGAAAUGUUA